AUGGAGUGGAGUAAAUCUAUAACAACAGAUUUCAUCGAGAUGUACCAAUCCAAACCAUGUUUAUGGAAAAUAAGCUCUGUUGAGUAUAAGAACAAAAAUUUAAAGUCUGUUGCUUAUAAUGAACUUAUGGCAUUUCUCAAAUCUAAAGGAUUGGCUAGUGCUUCUGUAAAAGAAGUGAAAUGUAAAAUUCAAAAUAUCAGGAGAAUGGUUAGAAAGGAAAGAUCAAAAGUAGAAGCAUCUAGGAGAAGUGGAAAAGGUACAGAUGACCUGUAUACUCCAACAUUGUGGUAUUAUGAUCUCUUAUCCUUUGCAAAUGAUAUGGACCCACUUCCAUCAAUUGAUAACCUAGGAGGUACUAGUGAUUGUAAUAACGAAAUAGAUGUAGAAAAUGACUGUAACAAUUUAGAUUUGACUGAAAAUAAUUCACAAUAUUGUGAACAAGAUGUUUACAGUGACAUAUCCAAUACAAAUGUUGGUCAAAAUCAUGUAAGUUUUUUUCAACAAAUUAAAAAUGAAAACUAG